UUUUAUUGAUAUUAUUAUUUAUUACUUGGGAGGGCUAUAUCUUAAGCUGAGGAAGCCGGCCAAAUUAACAGGACAUUGAUAAGGAAAGAGGAAAAUCCAGGUGGGUGCGUUGGACUUUUUAAUUUUUUUUUUAUUUUGAAACUUAUCUGGAAGGGAAAGUUUUAUUUGUUUAGAAUGGAUAAAAGGAGCUUGUCCUUGGAAAAUGGCAGCUAUAAAGUUACAGUGGACGAAAAAAAUGGACAGUUGAUACCGAACGGGAAGGGACACGAAGCAGAUCUGUGCUGUAAUGGAUCAACCAAAGGAGGCAUCGUUUUCAACCCCAACGGCAGGGAAGGUGUCCCUGAGAGAGAGACAUGGACUCGGCAGAUGGAUUUUAUCAUGUCCUGCGUGGGGUUUGCAGUUGGACUUGGAAACGUUUGGCGAUUUCCAUACCUGUGCUACAAGAAUGGAGGAGGGGUCUUUCUCAUUCCUUACAUUCUGAUCGCUAUCCUUGGAGGAAUCCCCAUUUUCUUCCUGGAGAUUGCUCUUGGUCAGUUUAUGAAAGCGGGCAGUAUUGCAGUCUGGAACAUCGCACCUAUAUUUCAAGGGAUCGGCUUUGCAUCUGUGGUGAUUGUCUUUUUUUGCAACACCUAUUACAUCAUGAUCCUGACUUGGGGUGUCUAUUACCUGGUGAAAUCUUUCACGGCUACGCUGCCCUGGUCACAGUGUAACAACACGUGGAACUCUCCAGAAUGCGUAGAGAUUUUUAGGCACGAAGACUGCAGCAAUGGCACAGCCAAUUCAACCUUUGGCAACAUGACCUGUGACGAGCUGUCGGACAAGGUGUCCCCCGUAGUGGAGUUUUGGGAGAACAAGGUUUUAAGACUUUCUAGUGGCCUUGAUGAUUUGGGCUCUGUAAACUGGGAGCUGCUCCUGUGUCUGCUGGGGUGCUGGUUGUUGGUGUACUUUUGUGUCUGGAAAGGCGUCAAGUCAACAGGAAAGAUUGUCUACUUUACUGCCACGUUCCCAUAUGUGGUUCUGCUCAUACUUCUGGUCCGUGGUGCUAUGUUGCCAGGAGCUGUAGAAGGUAUCAUUUACUACCUGAAGCCUGAUUGGUCAAAGCUCGGGAGUGCUCAGGUGUGGAUCGAUGCUGGCACUCAAAUUUUCUUCUCCUACGCCAUAGGACUUGGAGCUCUAACAGCCCUGGGCAGCUAUAACCGCUUCAACAAUGACUGCUACAAGGAUGCCUUCGUACUUGCACUGAUUAAUAGUGGGACCAGUUUCUUUGCCGGAUUUGUGGUUUUCUCCAUCCUGGGAUUUAUGGCAAAUGAGCAGGGGGUACACAUAUCAAAAGUGGCUGAAUCGGGUCCAGGCUUGGCUUUCAUCGCGUAUCCACGAGCAGUAAGCUUGAUGCCAGUGGCCCCCCUCUGGUCUGCUCUGUUCUUCUUCAUGCUGCUGCUUUUAGGCUUGGACAGCCAGUUUGUUGGUGUGGAAGGUUUCAUAACCGCCAUUCUCGACAUGCUGCCUGCCCGCUAUUAUUUCCGUUUCCAGAGGGAAGUCGCUGUGGCCAUUUGCUGUUUCGUCAUGUUCCUUAUUGACAUCUCUAUGUUAACAGAGGGCGGCAUGUACAUCUUCCAACUUUUCGAUUAUUAUUCUGCCAGUGGAAUGACUCUCCUUUGGCAAACCUUCUGGCAGUGUGUGGUCAUUGCCUGGGUGUAUGGUGCUGAUAGGUUCAUGGAUGAUAUUGCUCGUAUGAUUGGUUACCGCCCCUUCCCAUGGAUGAAGUGGUGCUGGUCUUUCAUCACUCCCUUUGUUUGUAUGGCCAUAUUCAUAUUUAACCUUGUGAACUACAAGCCUUUGACUUACAACAAGACCUAUAUAUACCCAUGGUGGGGUGAAGCCAUCGGUUGGUGCUUUGCAAUGUCCUCCAUGCUGUGUGUCCCUGUCACCUUCCUAUAUAAAAUCACACGUGCCAAAGGAACACUGAAAGAACGGUGGGCGCACCUGACCGAGCCUGUCUGGGGAGCUCAUCACUUAGAAUAUAUGGCUCCUGAUCAGGAUGUCAAGAGCCUGACCAGCUUGACACCUGUUUCGGACAACAAGGUCAUCAUUUUUGAGAGCGUCAUGUGAAGUCAUCAUCCUCCUGCUUCAGUAUUCUGUGACCAUGUACCCCCGAAAAUGUCCAUUUCAACUCCUUGACCAGGCCAAACACCACUCUUCUGCUGCAUAUUUCUCCCGCAACUUCUGUAGUUCCCUCUUGGCAAUAGUAGUAGUAGUGUAUAGUGAAGGCUAAGCUCCAAAUGUGGCUUUCAUCAGCAAUAGGAAUGUCUAAAUUCAGAAAUUCAAUAUUAGUCUUCGUACCUUAUUAAUCCCAACUACAUCCGAAAAAAAAUGUCAACAACCGUUCUGUAGUCUGAGACAGCACUUGGCUACUUGGUGAUAUUCUAUUUUACUCCAUGUAUUCAAUUAACAUACUGCAUUAAGAGUCCUAACCCAUCCCAAUCCAGUGUUAUUGAUCAUUUGUUUGGAGAAAAUACCAAAUCAAAGUAAAAAACAUUCUACUGGUGUUAUACGUUGAAUUUAAUGUGAAGAUGGAGAGGUAGCAUGCUCAACACGAUUCUGAUGAUCCCGUCCAUAUAAUGUAUUCAUGGAGUAAUCUUGCCAGAUGCCUACUAUGUAGCAGUUAAGAAAUAAAAUAGGACUUUUAUGAACAUGAACAAAAUAUGAUUCUCUGAAUCCAGCCAUCAACAAGUUUUGAAUGAAGUAAGUUCCAUCUGCUUGUAGGUUUCCAGUGGACCUUCGAAAAAUGGAAUUCUGGACAAAAAUAUAAUACUCUGGACAUCAGGUAGGAGCAGUGAAGUCCUACUGCGAUGGAAAAGAUAAUUGUCAUCUUCAGCUAUAAGAAUGUCCAGUCUUUUAUCAGAAGCAGUCACAAUGAAGAAUUUCACCAAUGUUUUAAGUAAUACUUUAGCCACCUUAGAAGCUGCUGACAGCCUGGUCAGAGAUGUGUAGGAAGGAGGAACAUGACUGAAAUGUGCAGACUAAUUGAUGAACAGAAGAGUUGCUGGUAGAAAUAAAGCCCAUGUCUUCGCAUACUACACACAUCCCAAAAUAUCCUUGAAAACAUACAGUGGAAAAAAUUUACCCACAAUGUACUAAUGGGCAGAUCUUGCCAAAGUAAACACUAGUAUUUGGAAAGACUACUACAGCAAGCUAAUGCCAACAAUCAAUGAGAAGUUUGUUGCUCUGCGAAUGAGAGCUCUGUGUAGGGUUUAACCCCUUUAACCCACAUUGCCUCUGAAGUGACUUGCAUCAGAGCAGUGCUUUGCUGACCCCUUCUGGAAUAAAUGUAUUAAUGGGAGCAUUCAUAUAACAGCGAUGUGUCUCUGAAGGAAAUGUGUAAAGAAAAAAAAAUGAAUUUGCACUUUUUUAUAUCCUUACAGUAUACAUGUAUACAGGUAGGCCCUGUCUGGCAACAAAACCCCAAACACCCUUGGAUAGAAAACUUCACAGAUUAGACUGCUGAUUUAACUAGUAUCCGUCCCUGUUGAGAAAGAGUCUCUGCUGCUACAGAUAUUGCUGUGAAGGUUUGCCAUUUUCGACAACAGGAAGCCAUUUUGCUACAAAGAGUAGCCAUUUUGCUGUGUGGAGAAGAUAUAUCCUGCCUCUGUAAAUAGUGAAACUGAUGCAUUAAUCAAUGCAAGUAUUAGAGUACUUUGGAGAACAGCCAUGCUUUCAUCAAACUACAAGGGGUUGUUGACCAAGUUCUCUUGUGAAUUACUGUUUCCUUGUAAGGAAAUGUAAAAUAUUUAAAAGAUAACAUUAGGCUCAAAUGUUAUUGCUAAACAUAUGGAGACAACCCAAUGAAACUACCUUUCGCUACCUCUAAGAUUCUAAAUUCCACCCAAAUGUAGGAAAGCUGGAUUAACCACAAGGAAACUACGAUUUGUCCAUGCCUUAGAUUAGAAAACAAAAACAUAUUGUAGCAUGUUUGCUCACUGUAGCUUCCCAAUUCUCUAAACCAGUGGUCUCCAACCCAGUCCUUGUGACCCACCACCAGUCCAGGAUUUAUGUAUUUCCCUGUUUUAUUCCGAUGGAGAUACUGACAAAACCUGAACAGUUGGUGGUCCAUGAGGACUGGGUUGCCACUGCUCUAAACCAUGUGUAUGUAUCCUGCAAUAGGGGGUCCUGAGUUGGUAGUGUGACAAUAUCUUAUCCUGGUUUUCAAUCACAUCCUGAACAAAGGUUUUGGCAUCUACGACUCUAUAUGCCGUAGUCAACAAUUUUAUUUUUUGGAGAGGCAUGCCUAAAAAAAAGUUGUCAUGUUCUGCACAUAGGCCCUGUAUGACCACUUUUUGCCAGGCCUACAGAUACAAUUAGUUCUUUAUUUCUGGUUUUGAAGUGGUGUUUCACUCUGCAUAUGUUAGGAUCUCCAAUGGGUUGGUAUUGACUGCGAUAAACCCCUUUCUUCUUUCCUGUGGAAUAAGAAAGGAAUUUUCUGAAGACACAGCAACACCAAAGUUCCCAAGUUAACCAGAGGUGUUUUGGAACAUAAGUCAUGGUAGCCAUUCAAUGAUAAAAACACACUUCUUUGUUAAAAGAGGAUCUGUUCUAUAGUUUAUUCGGGGGGGGGGGGGGGGGGGGGGAUUAUCCAAGAUUACCAGGUUUAUGAAUACUACCACCACCUUAAGCACAUUUUACUAAGAUUGCCUACAGAGUUUACUGUAAAUGAAUGUAUUUUUCCAUCCUAAUAUUUCCCAUUGCAGAAUGCUUUGCACACAUUUUUCAAGAUCAAAUUUCUAAUUUUGUUAUAACUAUUUUUUUGUGCCACGGAUAAAGUUUAUUUUUUAUUUUUGUGGGAAGAUGUACAGAGAUACUAUUUGUAUUAAGAAUCUAAAGUAGAAAAAAAUAAAAUAUAUUUUAUGACUGUGUGCUAGAGGGCCCCCUAGGGUGCUUGAAUCACACAGCUAUUCUGUAUGUAGCACAGCUAUCUUUAUAAAUGGUUUGUAACCCCCGUGUGUUGAGUAUAGCAAGACGUACAUUAACUGUGAAAUAUGGUUUGUCUAAUGGAACUGGCUUAUGUUGCACUAUUUACUAUACUGAUCCUAAAAAAAAAAAAAACAGGGAUAGGUAACCUCUGGGAUUUUUAGCCUUUUUCUGUGGAUGGUAACUAUCAGGACCCUAACAAGACAUCUUGAUUUACUGACCAUAGCAGGAGUCCAUGUUGUGUGCCAGAGGUGGCUGAUCCAUGGAUACAGAUGUUGAUUAUUAUUAUUAUUAUGUUAUUAUUUAUAUAUAGCGCCAGCAAAUUCCCUGGCGCUGUACAAUGGUGAACUUUUAUCGAAAAAAAAUAUAGGGUGUUCUAUCAAUGGAACACAGUUUGUGUGACUUUACACACAUUUUCAGAAUUUGAAAUGAUUUAGAAAUUAUUAAGUAGAUGUAGUAAUGGGUGAAUAGUUGAAUAGUCAAAGUUCCUAUAUUAUUCUAAAGAGAAUUGGCCACAAGUUUGUGAACAAGGCUCCGUAGCAUACCCCUAAGUUGGCUUACUAUACCACAGUUCCCGUAUACUCGAUCACCAAGAUGAAUUCUCAAUCAUCUUACAGUGUUCAGUACAGCCAGUGUUGCGGUGGUCUUUACGACACUCCAGAAUGCUUAUGAAGUCCUAAUUCUAUCUAUCGAUUCUGAAAUGUGUCUAUAAUUGUCCAAAAUACUGUUUAUAUUUUGACUGCACUUUAAGAUCUCAGUUCUCUUGCAUUGGUAAAGUUAAUUACACUAUGGAUAAUCUCACAAACCAUUUAAGGCCCGUCCAAUCACAUAUUUUAAUUGAUAAUCCCGUAUACUUACAAUAGCCAUCCAUUUUUGUCGCAAAACCACCAGAUCUGCUUUAUUCAUAAUAAAGUGUAUGAUCCACAGCUCUUUAUUUAAAUGACAUGGAAGCUUUCAGAGUCCAUGAUACAUUUUUAAUAUGUCUAUGCAUUUUCAGCAACAUUUUUCCAAUAUUAGGAAAUAGUGGAACAAGCAGUAUCUAUAGCAUGUACCAGAUAUCUCACAGAAUCUGGACAGCUUACAGACACACUGACGACAUGCUUGAAAAAAAAUACAAUAUGCAAAUAAACCUAGACAAAACAACGAGACGCUGGUCGGAGUACGUUUUGUUUCUCUUAGUAACGUAACUUGGAAAAUGAAAGAGUUUCUGGAGAGACGAUUUCCAGCUUGAACUGUGUGUUUUCCUAAUUGCCUUAAAAAGGGAAUCCGUUGCCAAAAACGUGCUCACAGCAUAUUGUAUGUGAAGCACAACCCUGACCGUUGAUUAUUACACGGUACUGGUAGCAAGUAAAUGUAUUGAUCAAGACAGAGUGGACUUUAUUGGAUCGACUCUGCUUUUUUUCUGACCUCAUCAAACACAUGUAUAAUUCUCCUUCUUAUUGAAUAACUUGCACAUAAGAAAGCAUAUUUUUGUUAUCAAAGAGAAGAGUUUUAUAUAGCGGCACUUCUUAAACCUAGUUUUCUUUUUGUGUGUAGAAGUGCCCUAUCUUCAAGAUGAUCCAAAUUUGAGAUGUUUACUAGGGCUGCCUAUCCUUGCAGACUGUGCCAAUAUACUAUACAGAGUGUGUAAAAUGUAAUCAUUCACAGAAUUCCCAUGGGGAAUGUUAACCCUUCAUAUAUAUUAAAUAGGAGUCGGCAAACUCCAUUGUACGUCCAUAUUUUCUUAUUCUUUGUCCAACUAGUGUAAUGAUUGUCAACACCAAUCUCAAUAAGUUAACUUUUUAUGUUUUUAUUGAUUGGUUUUGUUGAACAUUUUUUUUAAUGGAUAACUUGAAAAUCGGAGCUGAAACCCUCUCUGUUUUCUCGUCAGCAAAUUCCAGCUCUGGGUUUGUUCCCAAUGAAUGGAAAUAUUAAGUGUUAAUGCGGGGAAUGGAACCUCAUGCCAUUCUGACACUACUUGUGUCUUAUGCUGUUUCUGAGUCAUCAAAUCGUCUUAUGCACCUUGUGGGGUUAUUUUUACGUGUGUGUGUGUGAACUGUUUUUGGUUUUUUUUUUGGUUUGCAAUUUCUUAUAAUUUUCUUGUUAAAUACAUUUUUAAAUGUUGCUGCCUCCCCUUCUAAUUGACCUGCAUUUAGCUGUUGAGUUGGAAUAUUGCACAUCUGGGAACUUUUAACAAGAAUUAACAUAGAGACGGAAAUUAUCAUCACUUCUGGUUCUUGUACCCAAUAAAAUUUCAAGUGGAUACCUAGUAUCUCAAAGCCAGCUACAAGAGACGCUGAAUCCAGGAUUCACCUGAUUUGGGUCCUUUAUAUUAGAGCCUGGGUUAUAUGCAAUUGUUAACACAAAGAGGAGCACCGUCACUCAAUUUAAAGACAUUAUAUGCAAUCAAGGAGAUUAUGAACUGUGUGAGACACAAUUUUCCUUUGGACCUAUUGAUGGAAGUAAAAACCCAGAGACUCAGUCAAUAUCGAAAGUUCCCAGGUUUUGAAAUCUGCACCAGCGAAUCAAGUCCGACCCAGCCAUUUUCAGAAAAGACUUGUUUGUUUCUUAGUUUAAGCCUUUUUUUAUUCAGACUCAUAGACUUCACACGGGAGCCUCAAAUAAAGCCCAUUUCAAGUGUUAAUAUUAAAAAUCUGACCAUUAUUGGGUGCAGUGUGGCAGUUCGUGUGCAUCCCCUUUUUAAUGGAACCAAUGGAAUCCACAAAUUUUAAAUCUGUAUAUGUUGUUUUUUUUUCUGUUCUGGAUUUUGGGGCUACAUGAUCUUUGGUAGAAUAAUAAGGAGAAAUUAGGAUUGUCUUCUUCAUUUUGGUUUUCCCAUCAGAAUCUGAUUAUUCCCAAUGUAUCGAUCUAUUUAUUACUUUCUUUAACCAGUUUCCUUUGCGUAUACCAGGGAUGUCCAAAAUGUAGACCCCUAGAUGUUGUAGAAUUCCAGCUCCCAUAAUGUGUUUCCUUUAGAAUGACAAAGCAUCAUGGUAGUUGUAGUUUUAAAACAUCUGGGAAUCUACCUUUUGGGCACCCCUGGAGUAGACCCAUGUCACUAUAUUAUCUACAUGCUACUUAGUUUCUGAAUGGUGUUCUUUAACUAGUAGGUUGAUUAACUAAAUCUGAAGUAGUGCAGAGCUGCCCGAGGGAAUGCAAAUUUUAGGCCAAUAUUGCCAAACUGGUAAAUUUCUUCGUUAAUCUUUAACUUUUUUUUUUUUUACUUCGCUAUUUUGAAAUGUCUUUCCCCGUUCUUCACAAUUCCAUGUUUAGUGAAAAAAUCCCCAAACCUCACCACAAAGCAACUUUAAAUUCUGAUAUCACUGAUAUGUACUGAAUUAUAACCUAUAUAUAUCUGUCUUACAGCAUGUUUGACGUCACCAAAUGUACUCAAAGGGAAAAACAUGAAGAUUUAUAGUUGAUAUAACCAGAGCUUUUCAGCUCUCAUUUGAUCAUUUAGGGCACAGGUAGCUUCAAGAGUCGACCGUUUUGAGGUUUAGCUCAUAAAUUAAAGGAAGAAGCACAGUAUCACUUUAAACAAGAACUGUCCAUUUUAUAUUAUAAAAUUGAUCGUUCCGAUUUGGUCAGUUGAAUUGAAGUAGUUUGGAAAGUCAAUGGUACUUUCAAUUUUUUUUCCUGAAAAUCUUAAAUACCCCAGAAAAUGAUGUAGCCCUGGAGAAAAUAUUGUCUCCCUAGCUUAACGAUCCUUUAACCCAAGAUUAUGAGUAAAUGAUUUUCAGUUCUGUCGGGUGCUCUUUAAAUAGGGAUAAAACAUUUUCACUGGAAGUGAUAGAAACAGAAUUUUCACUAUUUUCUACUGUUUCCGUAUUGCAACAUUUGCAGCCUAAUAAAACUAUAUAGAAGAAAAAUAAAAGCUAUCCCAAAUCCUUUAAACUCAAAAUCCAAUCUGCAGCUUUGAUUAAUGUCCUUGACAAUUUUUUUUCCAUUUUAUGCUUUACCAUAUGGUUUCUAUUUAGAUAAGGAAAAUGAACAUUACAUUUAUGUUGGGCUAUAUUUUAACAGUUAGCAGGCUAGACGGUAAUGUAUAACUUUAGAUUAUGUUAUACGCUCCCUUUGAUGCUUAAAGCGGCACUGUCGGUUGUAGGGUCUUUGCAUUUUGUCUCAUCUUUUAACUGUGUAGGGGAUUUGAAAUCUUUUGAUUACACUGGGUAUACUUCCAACACCCUCAAAAAGAGCUUUUUAUCUUUUCAUCUACUGCAACAGAAGUAUAUUUAGUAUGCAGUAUAUUCAUUUUUAAAUUUAAUAUUUAUAACUUCUUACCAGCUAUACUGCACCUAUUUCUCCAGCCGACUGGGGAAAACACUUUUCCCAACUCUCUGAUGGGGCCAAUCGGUAAACCCAUCUUGUCCCUUUGUUUAAUAAAUUUACUAGCUUAUUCAGCCACGGUAAAUUAGGCCAAAAUUGACAAGGUGUAAAUAUAGGUAAAAAAUAGGUAAAAAAAAUCUGUCUCAAAUUCACAGUUUAAUAAAUAAAGUAUAAAUUUUUGUUCUAUUUGAGUACCCCUUAAGGACACAACUUCAGAAAUAAAAGGGAAUCAUGACGGAAUAUUUCCGUCAUGUGUCCUUAAGGGGUUAAAGCUGUACACGUACAUUUUUUAACGUAUUUUUACGUAUAAAAAGAAUCAAGCAACCCCAUACAGUAUGUUAGUUAUGUUGAAAACAUUUUUUUAUAUAAAUAAAUAUAUAUUUUUGUGGUUUUGUUUUUGUUUGUAGGAAUAGCCCAUUAGUCUUCCUAUGCACUGUGAAAAGUUAGAAUUACUGGUUUUGCAAGUUUUCGUGUACUUCUAGGGAUCUCGAGUUUAUUACGUGAGGAAUCGUGAAUCCAAGAUAUUAUUAAACUGACUGAGGUGACCUGAAAGAAGAACUCUUUUAGAUAAUUCCGUCCCUUUAAUCACUGUUAAAAUAUCAGUUUACAUUAAAUUCCUAAAGUACCAGAAUGGAUUAAGGCUUCCAAAUUCUAUGGGGAUGUUAUAAAUUAUGAUAUGAACAAACUUCUAGUGUUAUCAUUGUAUGGACAACACAAAUGGUGAUUAAAAAAUAGGCUAAAUUGCCAAGUAUUAGAAUUUACUGGAGAAUUUUCGGUUAUACACAUUUCUCGUCAGAGAUGACAUUUAAGAAGAUGAGGUCUGUUUAAUCAGCCGAGCUAUGGAUAAACAAUACUCGUUUCCAGUUGUAACUAAUGGACUGACAUGACUUUAAGAUUUAACGAAAUGUGCUUCAUCUGCCUCCGAGGGGUCCUAGGAGACUUUUACCUGUGUGUUUAUCAUUGGCCUGGUUUACUAAAUACAGCUAAGCCAUGAUGUCUAUUCUUGCCCAUUAAGUUAUAUAGGAUGAAUGGUGCCUUAGACCUUUAGUGCUUGGUAAAUGUCACUUUUUGCGAUCAACACAAAUAGUAACGUAGAAACCCUACCACCUGUAGCCAAUUUCUAUACUAUCCUAGAGACUGCCGCACUGAACUGCAUUAAUGAGCUUUUAAUAUGAGUCUUCCCAUAGGAGCUUUAUAAAAAAAUAAAUUACAUACCUCUGUUAAAUAAAACAAUGAGCUUCAUGCUUUUGCACUGUGAUCAUCUGCUAGAUUCACUAAACAUGGCAAUAAUAACAUUAAAAAAGAUUUGAUUUUUGGAAACAAAAA